AUGGCCAAGUCUUUCAUUUCACACCGGCGACGCUCAUUGCUUGUUCUACCGCUAAUAUUCAUGGUUUUACUCCUACGUUCUCUUCCAAAUCCGGAUUCGAUCAUGCUUGGUCGACCUGGCACUACCAACAUUGACCUUUACAAACCUCUUAUUACUUACUCAGAUCGCCUGCAUUCAUGGAUUCCUGAAAAUCAACGAACAAUUCACGGCUUGUUUCUCUGCAUGGAAGCCAAGAACUGUGCGCAGAAUCAAACGAAAGUCAUCGUUCUUGCGAGUCCUGAAUUCAUCGAGAACAAAAAAGGUGGAUAUGUAAGCGGCGAAAACAUCUGGGCGUUCAGCACCGUGUCAGCGCUGCAGAAUAUGGGGUAUACCAUGGUCUAUGCCGAAUCAACCGACGUGGCCGUCACACUCUACCACAUCCUCGAUCCGCUCGUAGAGAUGGUUAUAUUCAACCCCGAUCAAGCCUUCGAAUGUUUCAAUGCACCAUUAUGUGUCCGUAGCGAGGAAAAUCCAGCAGGAAUCCCUGCUUGGCGGAUAUUUUCAUUCUGUUUCUGGUCAGGGCUCGGCACUGCUCUCAAAAUCAAUCCUCUUGGGGACAAAUGGUCCCUAAGCCCCGAGGAUUACCCGGGCAGAGAAGCUAGCUACGUCGGCUAUUCUAUCGAAGCUCAGUGUCACAAACAACGACAUGUUCCGAAAGAGCAACGCAAGCAUCAAGCGUAUAUAUUGGGCAAACGCAUAGGACUUUUUAGUCCGCAGAACACGGCUUGGGCACCAGAGUUGUACGAUGCGGCAGCAACUGAAACCGGAAUCGCAUUCAUCGCAGCAGCAUAUCAGGAAACGCGUGACCCUACACCCAAGUUGUCGAAAGCGAUAACAAACCUUCUGGCGCCAGGCCAGGAAAUUUUGUCUCAAGACAAGUUUUAUGAUCACCUGGCCCAUUCCAAAGUUCUUGUGGGCCUAGGAGACCCCGUACUAUCCCCGACGCCUUACGACGCCCUCUGCCUCGGCGUUCCCUUCAUCAAUGUUAUCAGAAGCUGGGAUAGGACGAAUCCAGCUGAUAAAAGCCGAUGGGCUGCGCAACAUGGAUUCCUUAAACGACUGGAUCCGCCCUACGUUUAUAAUGUGUUCGCUGGAGACCGCAAAGGAUUCGUAGACGCUGUUAAAUCAGCUGUCGCAAAUCCCAUCGAGAGCUACAUAGUGGACGCGAUGAGAAUAAGCGCAGUAGAGAAGCGACUAGGGGAGCUUUUACAGCGCAACUGGCGAUCCGAAGCUAUCGAAUUAUUGGAACAAAGGAGAAGUGGCCGAGAAAGCGGACCAUUGUUCCAUGUCGAGUAA